GGGAAACUACCGAUUGUUCUGUAGUAUUGUCUGCUUUUAUUUUGCACCACAAAAAAAAUGCAACAAAUAAACAAAUAAAUAAAUAGAUAGAUAGAUGGCUAGAAAAGGCGCAUGUAGUGGGCGGACACGCAGUGACGUCAUAUUCCGGCGACAGUUAAAUCAACAGGGCGCCGCUGUGCAGAGCGUGAGUGCAGAGAGUGAAGUUAUUACUUAGUUAAAUAAUAAUAAUAAUAAUAAUAAUAAUAAUAAUAAUAAUAAUAAUAAUAAUAAUAAUGAUCAGUGAAGUGUGAGAUAUGGAGCAGCUCGGAGAAGUGGAAGUGAUUAUUCAGGGUGAAGAGGAGAGAAAUGCACCGCAGUGUCCACAUGGACCCGCGGUGUUGUUUCAGGUCACGUGCAGAGGAGAGAAGAGCGGAAAGAGGUUUUACGCCUGUUCUGCGUGUCGAGACAGAAAAGACUGCAGCUUCUUUCAGUGGGAGAAUGAAAAGGUAUCAGAGGAGCGACUGCAUGCGAGAGAGGAGCAGAACCGGUUGAAGAGGCCCUCCUUCUCCCAUUCAGAAUACUGCCUGAGGUUCGGAGAGUUUGUUUCCCUGCCGCUGGAUCAGAGGAGGUUCUGUGUGGACUGUCAGCUGCUGCUCCUUCCUGCCGAACGGAGCGCUCACGCCUCGCACAAGGCGCUUUCUGAUGACAUCACAGUGGCGCGUCUGAGGAGGCCCAGCCUACUGCUGCGCGCUUUGGAGAAUAAGAAGAGCAAUGCGCAGUACCUCUUUGCUGACCGCAGCUGCCAUUUCCUUCUGGAUGUGUUCUCUGGAUUAGGAUACCGGAAGGUUCUUUGUAUAGGGACGCCACGAUUACAUGAGCUGAUUAACAUCCGGAGCACGGAGGACAAGACUAACACCAUGAGGAGUUUAUUACUGGAUAUUGAUUUCAGAUAUUCCCAGUUUUACACCCAGGACGAGUUCUGUCAUUAUAACAUGUUUAAUCAUCACUUCUUUGACGGAAAGGAAGCGGUUGAGGUUUUCCGGGACUUCCUGUCAGAGGAAGAUGGGAAUAAAGUAGUGAUGGUAGCAGAUCCACCCUUCGGAGGUCUGGUGAAGCUUCUAGGCCACACGUUCUCGAAGAUAUCACACACGUGGAGGAGUCUACACGGAACCGAGAGCGGCGUGUCCGAGAUGCCCAUGGUCUGGAUAUUCCCGUACUUCUUUGAACCGAGGAUCCUCGACUGCUUCCCUGCGUUCACCAUGUUGGAUUAUCAGGUGGAUUAUGAUAACCAUCCUCUGUACAAGCACGGGACGACGGGCCGUAAGCAAUCCCCGGUCCGCCUGUUCACUAACCUCUGUCCCAAAGACAUCGUCCUGCCAAAGGAGGAAGGCUACAGGUUUUGUAGCAUUUGUGAGAGAUGCGUCUCAGCGGAGAACCGACACUGCCCCCAAUGUAACGCUUGCACGUCCAAGAAUGGAAGACCAUGGAGGCAUUGUUCUGAAUGUGGAAAGUGUGUGAAGCCUUCAUGGCGUCACUGUUCCUCUUGCGCUCGUUGCGUACUUCCAGAUCAUCGCUGCGGACAAACCGGCUGCUACAACUGUGGAGAUCCUGGACACAAACACAAAGCCUGUCCUCUCAAACACAAGAGAAAUGUACCGAGUGCCAAGGGAGCGUCCAAACACGACAGCGACAAGCACAUGGCUUGGAAAAAGAAAAGGAAGGGGAAGAACGCCCACAGGAAGAAGAAGAAAAAGGUCACAUGAGUACAGACGGAGCGCGCAUCACGAACUGGGCGGCCCGGUGAACAGUUUAGCAUCAUUCAGUGGACGGAGAAAAUAAAUUAUAUACACUUUCACACUCUGGGUCAUUAGGAACUUGAUACUAAAGUGUGGUCAGUAGUUGUUGGGUAGUUGUCUCAGAGAUCGGAAAAGGUCGUGAGGUCAAAUCCCAUGAUCUCCUUAACCUGGGUAAAAAUGAGGUGCAGUGCAGUUUUGGAUUUGAAAGUUUUUAGAUGUAGGGGUCCAAGCACCAACUCGGACUUAACGUGUUCUAAGCUCGAUGGGUCCGAAAAAUAAAAUGUAAACAAAUGUUCAUGAAAUAACUGACGGCAUUUGUGGAAUUAAUGCUGCGUCCGAGGUGAUGUUCUAACUCCGCGUCUACGACCAAUCAAAGCUCGCAAAAAACGCCCCCUCAACUCGCCAACUUGGAUUCGUCUUCCCAAUUACCAGUUCCUUCCAUGUUUACUGAUGGAGUGAUGCGUAAUCAACAUGGCCGCUCACACAGUUUAUAACAGUAUCGGCUUUAGAUCGGUUCACGUACGGACACAGUACUCUGUUAAUUCUAUAAUCAGUCCCUCGAGGAUUUUGUGAGCAAACUCCACAAUAUUCCGAGGAGCAUGCGAUUUUAUUUAUUUACUUAUUUAUUUAUUUAAAAGUUACCACAGAUUUGGGUCGAGACGCGUCACGUGACAUCCCGAUGUGUGUUCAAGCCCAACCCCUUAUCGAUUCACGUGUGUUGAACAUGAGAACAGCUAAAACGUCUCAUUUACCAACAAACAUGACCGUGAAAGAGUGUGCAGAACAAUCGCGUGCGAUUGCGAUUUCGCCGAUUCGAGUAGUUUACUGCAAAAAAAAACAACCCCCCCCCCCAAAAAAAUAAAGCACAAAAACUCCACAAGUUGUAUUUACAUUCUGUAUUUCCAGAAAUGAUAUGCUCUCAAACAUAAGACGCACUUUCAUGGAGGCGUCCAUGUUUUUUUUUUUUUUUUCUCUCCACUUCGCAUGUCAUACCUACCAAGCUUUGAAAUAAUGUUAUUCCAGGCUACAAUAAGUUUAAGAACCAUUGAUCGAUAUACAGAAAGCACUGUACAGUAUAAGGGAGCAGUAGUGAGGACUGAAUUCAGACAGCGCUGUGAUUAGAAAGUGCUCCAGAAACACCAUCGUCGUCGUCAGAGAACGUGUCUGGAUUUACAGUGCGUUAUGGAUUAAAAUAAAAACUAUCCAGGGAAUAUCAUUUGGGAGUUAGCACUGGGAGUUUGGACGACACAAUACAAAAUGGCUGCACACAUACAGCGCACUAAAUACAAAAAACAAAACAAAAUGAAACUAAACAAAAUGUACUAUGUUGUCUAAGUAACAGUAUUAGGAGAUUUUACUUAUUAAAGACAGACCCUCGUGAAUUAUGGUCAAUAAAAGUGUAUAUGUCAGUUGAUUAAAUCACCCCGUGCUAUAAUAAGCUUUUGUUAAAAUAGCUAUUUUAGCUAAAUUCACAACAGAUCAACGGUAGUUUGGUUAUUUAAUGGAUGAGAAGUACGUUUUCAGAGUUAGGGUGCGUGUCAAUCAGUUCUCUAGGUGGUGAACCAGUAUAUAGUGUACAUAAGUUGUGGCACUGGGACAAUUUUUCCAGCGACAUGACUACGUACUCGCGUUGUAAAACGUCACCACUGGCAUCUAUCAACGACAGACUGAUAUCUUUUCUGACAUGUCGUCAUAUGAUUAUUUUUUAGCUUAAUGAUACACGUAUCCGUCACUGUACUUUAAUCAGGAUCGUAGGAUUUUUUAAAAAAAUCAUUAAAAAUAUUUAAGCUACUUAAUGUUGCAGACGAAGUUGGCUGAGAGUUCGUCCGCCAUUUCAUUCAGAAAACACGGCGUCACUUCCAGUAAGGGAACAUAGUGAGCAUCGAUGCUCCCUGGUUUAUGCGGUGCAUUGUGGGAUUUUUUUAAUGGCGCGAAAGUUCCAGUACGCCCGAAGGAUUUUGCGAUUGAGACGGAGCUUAAAAUGGCCGACGCCCUGAUCACCGAACCAGGGAUCUGAUCGAGACGCGCCCUCAGUGUCGGAUCCAUUCGGGCUUUUACAGAAUGACUCUCGCACUA